CAGGACCUGUCAGACUGGCUGAGAAGGGGGCGCGGGGCCGGAGGUGUAGGGAGGAGGGUUGGCGGCGGGAGGAGGGUUGGUGGCGAGGCCCCGGCCUGGACGUCCAGGGGCCGGGAGGCUGCAGGCGAUGGAGCCGGUCUGGGGAGACGCCCUGCUGGAAAAGUGGCCGGGUCCCGGCUGUGCGUGGGCCGGCCCUGCGCCACCUGGGUGACCUCACACACCUGGGCCUUGGACGGCCCGGCUGCCCGGCGGCCAACGCCUGCCCUCCCGGCGCCGCGGCGGGUCCUGGCGGUGGAUUAAGGACCCGGGCGUGUUCGUGUGGAGCACCUGCCCUGUGCCCAACACUGUCCUAGAUGCUUUGGAGGGUGGAGGAGCCUCCUAUUGCACGGUCUUGCCUAAGAAUUAAACAACCACCAUGUCGAGCAAAAAGGCAAAGACCAAGACCACCAAGAAGCGCCCUCAGCGCGCAACAUCCAAUGUGUUUGCCAUGUUUGACCAGUCACAGAUUCAGGAGUUCAAAGAGGCCUUCAACAUGAUUGAUCAGAACAGAGAUGGCUUCAUCGACAAGGAAGAUUUGCAUGAUAUGCUUGCUUCUCUAGGGAAGAAUCCCACUGAUGCAUAUCUUGAUGCCAUGAUGAAUGAGGCCCCAGGGCCCAUCAAUUUCACCAUGUUCCUGACCAUGUUUGGUGAGAAGUUAAAUGGCACAGAUCCUGAAGAUGUCAUCAGAAACGCCUUUGCUUGCUUUGAUGAAGAAGCAACAGGCACCAUUCAGGAAGAUUACUUGAGAGAGCUGCUGACAACCAUGGGGGAUCGGUUUACGGAUGAGGAAGUGGAUGAGCUGUACAGAGAAGCACCUAUUGACAAAAAGGGGAAUUUCAAUUACAUCGAGUUCACACGCAUCCUGAAACAUGGAGCCAAAGACAAAGAUGACUGAAAGAACUUUAGCUAAAAUCUUCCAGUUACAUUGUCUUAUUCUCUUUUAUUUCUCAGACACUUCCCCCACCCUCAUAGAACCUGUUGCAUGCAACUUAGUUUCACAGCUUUGCCUCUUCUUUUUGAUGUAUUUAUUCCAGACCUUUCUGCCACUUAGCACUAGUAUAAUCAGACUGGAAAUGGGGAUGAGGGUGUAAAUUGUAUUGAAAAAGAGAUCGCGAAUAAAAAUCAACAAAUGUGAAAGCCCAGAAAAAUAUAUUCGUAUUUCUGGUUUUGCUGGAUUUUUACAUUUUUAUAUAAUAAAAAUGUUAUUUUGAAAUAAAGAUUAUGCUGACUCAAA